AUGGUAGCUUGGAUGCGUUUCAAGUUGCUUCUGGCUAUGGUCACCGCUCUGGUGACUAUGGCUGCUGCUUCAGCUGAAUGCCAAUACAUCGAGACGGUCUUUCUUCAGGACCCCCACACUGGGGAGCAGUAUCAGUUUGGUGAAGUCAACGUUCUGCCUCGGGCCUUGUUUGGUCGUGCUGUUCACGCUUCUGAACUGAUCACUGUCACGGUUACCCAUACCACCUGCGAUCCUGAUGAAUCGACCACAACUGUCACCACAGAUGUUCCUUGUACGACUGUCCAGUCUACCACACUUCUCACCACAGAGACUACUUCAGUCCCGGCUCAAAGUACCCCUGCGCCUGGUGUUUCUCAGUCUACUGUACCUACCACCUCGUCAACUCCGGUGCCUGUUAACACUCAGACUUCCGUGCUUAUUGUCCCUAGCGCUACAAAGGUGACCACCAAGUCUUCUGCACCUGGCACAACCCAGAAUCCUGUGCCUGGCACCACUUUGGUGACCUCGCAGUCUUCAGUACCCGGGACCGCUCAGACCCCAGUGCCCAGUACUACCAAGGUGCCCAUUGGAAGCAGCCCUGUAACCAACCCUGGAUCCUCCACGGUUACUGCCACUACCACUGAGUCGGUUUCUUCUUCCAGUCCUAAUGCUACCAGCGUGGCUCCUAUCCCUGCCACUACCGAGAUCCCUGGAACUACUGGGUCUAUUACAUCUACUCGUCCUACCAAUGUGGUUCCUGUCCCUGGUACUACUGGAAUUGCUUACACAAACUCAACUGUUCCUCAGGCUCCCAGCACGGUGACUGAUGUGACCACCUUUUACACUACGUCUCCUUGCCUCAACUCAACUGAGCUGGCCCCUGCUCCGGUGACCACUGAAAUCACCAUUACCGUUGAAGUUCCUUGCACCGAGACCACCAAGUGUGUCAGCACCAAGAUCCUUACCACCAGCACCCUGCCGGCCUUGAACACAACCGUUCCUGCUUCCGUCCCACAGGCCACUACGACCACCGAGAUUCAGUCAACCAUUUCUGUCCCUGUCCCGGUUACCACUGAAGAGGUCACUGUCACGGUUGAGAUCCCUUGUACCGGGACCACCAAAUGCACCAGUACUAAGGUGUACACCACCAUCCCUACGGAGACUACCACUAUCUCUGUGACUCCAGUCCCGAUUACAGCUCCACAGCCCACCACUGAGGUGGUGACUGUGGUCCAGCCGACUGUUCCUGGUGCCCCUGCAAAGGAGACCACCGAGGUUGUGACUACUGUGAUUCAGCCCACUGUUUCGCAGGAGACCACCGAGGUUGUGGUGACUACUGUUAUUCAACCAAUUGUUCCUGGUGCUCCCCCACAGGAAACAACCACGCUUGUGACCACUGUGAACCAGCCCACUGUCCCUGCUCCUGUUCCCCAGACUUCUACCCACGAGGUGACUACCGAGAUCAAGCCGACUGACUUGGUCCCACUUCCGCACGCCACCACUGUCGAGGCUACUUCUCUGGUCAAGGUUCCUGCUCCUUCUACGCAGCCGGCUACCACUCAAGAGACCACCGAAACUCAACCAGUCGCUGCGGCCCCGACCACUCUAGCUACUUCUACUGUCUCUAAGCCUGAGGCUGAGAGUACCACAACCGAGUCCAAGGUUUCAGUUGUGUCUCCCCAACAGCCUACUCACACCCAGGAGGAUACUGUCCUGCCAUCUCCUCAUGGCACUUCUUCCAGUGGUACUCACCCCGCUUCCCCUGUUUUCAACGGUGCCAAUGCCGCUGCAAUCAUGGACAGCCGUGUCUUUACCAUGAGCAUUGUGAUUAUGCUCUCUCACAUCUUUCGCUUGAUUCUGUGA